GUUAGAGAUUGGCUGUCGGUUUCCCUGUGUCAUUGUUUACAGUGCAGCAGUGCAGUGCAGCUUCGCAAGACGAGCCCGAGAGAGCAGAGAGAGAGGCAGACUGCAGGCGGUUGAGGCUAAGAGGAGGACUCUUUAGGUUGUGUACAAGUGUUCAGAGUGAAGUUGAAGGCUUAGAAACAUGCAGGCGACGUACUGGAUUACCCUGGCCAUGUGCCUGGCUGUAGGCUUCUGUUCUGCACAAAAACCGCAGCAUUGCAGGUCUCCACCUCUUUAUACCGGAGGCAUGACUGUGGGAACCCAAAAUGAGCAACUGUGGGCUGUUGGGGGGUAUGCCUAUGAUGCCAUCACCCAGCGUAUCCACUUGGGAGAAGUGGGGACUUACAACAACAAGAGCUUCACCUACGAUGCCCUCAUGCUCUUCCAGGAGGAAGUCCUGUACGAGAUCAACCACCAUGACAAGACCUGCGUGAAGAAGGCCCUGAAGUCUGACUUCCACCCCAUGGAGGUGCCCAAGGCGGCCAGUUUCGUCUCCCAGGUGGUCCUGGGAACCUCCUCGGGACCUGGAGAGGGUCUGCUGGUCAACUCCUGGUGGGGGGACAUGCCUGACAAGAGUGGCAAUUACAUGCUGUCCUUCACUGAGUUUGGUUGCCUGCCCGUCUCUGCUCUUGUAAAGACAAAGAAUAUGGGAUGGAUGAGUGUGAGCUACUUCAACAACAUGCUCGGGGUCGAUCCCAAUGUGUUCAUCCCACCACCAUUUUGCAAGGACGCCAAGCUGGAGGAUGGGGAGAAGGCUGAUUUCUUCUCCAUUUUUCACUGAGAAUGGUGGGAGUACUGUAUUUUUUCUGUCGAGAGGGCUAUGGAGGAUCCCAUCAUGCACUUGAUCAAGGAAUAUAUCUGAUUUCACUGUAAUAAAGGCAAGAUGCAAAAACCAAGACAUGCUUUUCAUACAUUUCCAUCACUGAUUAUUCUUUGUUUUUGUUUUUUGAAAACUGUAGUCGGGUUAAUUUUUUGAACACCCUGGAAAUUCUUUCACAGCCAGUUGUAAAGUUCAGCUAAAAAAAACAAGAUUGGAUGGAAAGUUAUUUGCAAGUACACCUUUAAGGCAAAUAAUGUAGUUAUUUUAUCAAGCUGUUGAAAUGUUUGAAUGUCUUGAUCUAUGGCACUUUUUCCCUGAAUGGUUGGAAUUCAUUCUAAUAAAGUUUUUGAUUCAGCUUUA